CACGUCAGCAGGUGGCUCUGUUUGGGAAAAGGGAUGUGGAUGUCGCGCAAUCGUGGACUGAUGAGAAGAAAAAUUCGGAGGUUUAACAGGGUAUCAGGAGGAGCAAGGUAGAAGAGGGAAGAGUUCCUGUACCAGUGGACGAUAAUGGGAGCGCAGGGAGCGAAACGUUAUGAUUCUGGAUUUGAGUGAAACAGCCGGAUUCCAGUACUCCUAACAGCAAGAAUAUGUCACAGGACAGUGUCUGCCCAUCCUGCACCCUUUGUCUAUGGAGAUUACACAGUUGUUCGUGCAAAAAAAAGAAGAGAGAAACUUCAUCUGUGUGUGAGUGUAUCUGGGUUCUUCUGGUCCUCUGUGUGUUCCUGUUUACCUUGAUAUGGAUGUAUGUUACCCUGAUCCUUAAAAAUGACAUACACAAUUUCAAUGAGGAAAUCUUUCGACUCCUGGGCUUAUGGCAAGAUUGGUCUGUUGUGCUGAUCACAGUGGCUGCUGUUCUACUCACAUAUUGCCUCUUACUGCUGUUACUCUCCUUGUGCCUUGUAUUGUGUGCACAACCUCUCCGGUUGCACUGGCUCCAUAAGGUUCUCCUAUUUGUUUGCAUUGUAUUGGUUUGUCUUGGAAUUAUUGGUCUGGAUUUAAAGUGGAAUAUAGAGUGGAAAGUGGUUGCAAUUUCUUUACAGGCAACUAGUCCCUUUCUGCACAUUGGUGCCGUGAUUGGGGUGUCUGCAUUGGCAUGGGUCCUUGCUGGCUAUUUCUGGGAAACUAAGAACAAAGUGUUAAAAUAUCUACUUACACUGGUAUACAUCAUCCUUGUUUGUGCCUUAUUUGUGAGUCCUCUCUUCAUCUCCUCACCCUGUAUCAUGAAGGCAUCGGAACUUCCACCAAGACCAUGGCUCAUAGGACAUCGUGGUGCCCCUAUGCUAGCUCCAGAAAAUACAAUGAUGUCAUUUGAAAAAAUGGUGGAAUCUGAGGGAAGGGUGUUUGAGACUGAUGUUAUGAUGAGCUGGGACGGAAUCCCAUUCCUAAUGCACGAUGAGUUGCUGCUACGUACAACAAACGUGAAGGAAGUGUUUCCUCUACGCUUCCGUGAAAACUGCACCAAUUUUACUUGGUCUGACCUCCAGCAGCUUAAUGCCGGUGAAUGGUUUCUCCAGAGAAACCCAUUUGGAACACGAAGUACACUGGUAGAUGUUGAACGUGAGGUGAAAAGCCAGAAAAUUCCCUCUCUAGAGGAAGUCUUGCUUGCAUGCAAGAACCUCAGCAUCUCUAUCUUAUUUGACCUGCGACAGCCACCUCCUGGGCACCCAUAUAAUGAGAGCUUUGUGAAUGUCACUUUGGAUACUAUCCUGAAAACUGACAUCAGCCAAGAGCUAGUACUUUGGCUUCCAGAUGAUGAGCGGGAGGAAGUUAUUAAAAGAGCUCCUGGGUUUCAGCAGAUUUAUAAGAGAAAGGUAGAGAAGAAUGACACCAUUGAUGCUGUGAAUCUGUCGUAUACAAAUCUGAGUGUUCCUGAAAUCAGGUCAUACCGUCAAGAAAAUAUUUCAGUGAAUCUCUAUGUGGUUAACAAGCCCUGGUUGUACUCCCACCUGUGGUGUGCUGGAGCCACAUCUGUCACCACUAAUGCUAUCCAGCUUCUGAAGGAUCUGAAACACCCAGUUUGGUUGCUGGAUCCUUACAACUACUUGGUUAUCUGGAUUGUAGCAGAUGUCAUUGCUCUUAUCCACAUAAUUUGGGCAUUUGUCUUGCAGAGGAAGUGUUUAAGAAGAAAAGAAGAAGAGUCAGAGGCUGUAUUGCUGAUGAAGAUAGAGAGUCUGAUCUCAUAACCUUGCUGGAUGCCACAUCUCUAUCCCAGCCUCCUCCUCUGAGAAUGAUGUCAGGAAAGGGAGGAAGUGAAUCAGGAAUGAUAUCAGAAACUUGUCAGCAUGUUUCCAACCUGUAGCUUAAUAUUCACCUCUAUGCAAUGUGCUUCACAAUUACACUGUUUAUGUAUUCUAGUUGCCAUCUGCUACUUGAGGGUGUUUUGGGGCGUUAUGUGCUAUUAUAUGUACAGUAUGUACAUUAUAGGCUAUAAAAGCUCAGGGAAAUAUUUCUAUUGAUCCACAAUUAAGUGCCAGGUGAAAUAUGUUUUUUUAAGGUUUUUGAGCAAUGUAACAUUUUCCUCAGUUGUUUCUGUAGAUGCUGAGGUAAUUUUCUCAGGAUUUUGGUUGUCUAGCUGCUUAGUAGUAAGUUGAUGGUUUAGAAAGUGUGCAGUCUAUUUGGCUUGUUUUUACUUUUUUUUUUCCAUUCUUCUGUUUCCCUACCUCACUUGAUAUUCGCUUUGGGUAGUACGUUUUUUUUCUCCAUUAUAAAGUGGUAUGCUGGCAGAAAAUGUCUGUCUCUGUACCGCAGGGUGUAAAGCACUAACAGAAUGUUUGACUAUCGCUGCAGUUAUCUGUUUUGUGUAUGUAUAUGUAUAUAUAUAUAUAUAUAUAUAUAUAUAUAUUCAUAUUUAUG